CUCAACCGGGAAGUCCAGGCCUUCUGCAGGAACAUCUUUGACCCGCCCAAGUCUGCCUAGCAACGAAGGAAACAAAAAGAAUGGCCAGAAACACCACAAUGGUUCCUAGAAGAUGAUGAUAGAGAUCUAAACCACAGAUCGCAGAAGAUGGUUGAUGACUGAGUGUGUGUUGUGACUCACUCCAAUGACGGGAAGCCAAACUGGUCAGCUAGACCUUUCUGUUAUCCUCUCCCUUACCAUCCUACCAGGAAGGAACCGGCUAUGACUCCAUGCUACCCGGGACUCUGAAAGCAACUGACUGGUUCCUCGUAAUCCGGUAGCUGCGUCUAUCCUGUGCAGGCUGCACAGAAGCAGGACUUCCUGCUUUGGAGAGGGAUGCAAAAAGGACAGAGCAAGGAGGGCUGCAGGAUAUCCAAACUGGGAGGCAAUUCUGGAUCUGCAAACCAACUCAGCAGUACCGGACACCCGUAGCCACUGGGGGGCCUGCAUCAUAACGAGGGGGGUGGAAAGCAAGUAAAAGGUUGCCUUCUGUGCUGGCUUUUCUUCAAGACUGGGAACUCUGUGUACAGCAUUCGAAAUCUUCAAGGAACAGAGGAGUGUGAUUUUGUGCCUCAACUCUUCCCCUACAGGAGUGAACUUCAAUCAGGAGGGGGUCACUGUGACAUUUUUCUGGUGCUUGGAUCUGAAAGGGACACAAGCACUAAAAGUAGAGAAGUCCUGUCUUCACCCUCAGGUUAGCAAAACCACAAAUAUACCAUCUUGAUUUCGAAAAAAAAAGCAUGAUUUUAUUGCUAUAAAAAAUGUGAUAGCGGUGGAAGUGAAAACACUUUGAGGAAGAGGUGUGGAGUAUCUGUAGAUCAAAAAGGAUACUGCUGGAAGCAGGGGAUGACACAAAGGCACAGGGAGAAUUCAUUGCUAGGUACAAAGCUAGUGAAUGCACGUCUAUGAGCCAGACAGCAAGGAAAGCCAUCAGCGGGAGUCAAAGAGAGGCAGGGCCUAGGACUCUAUGCAGUCACAAUGAGCCAGAGGUAGCAGGACUCUGUCCAUACGCGUGGUGUGGGCUGAGGAAUGGCGUGAGAGUGGCCCGCGCAAAGUGUGAAGAUACCCAGCAGUAGAAGGAGGCGGAGGCCACACUUCCCGUGCGAGGGGGGAUUCUCGGUGAAGCGCUGCCCGGCCUCGGCAUGCCUUACCGGGACGAGGAGUACCCCGGGCAGCCUCUGUGGCAGUCGGUCCUCUUCUUCUGCUGCAAGGGGAUGAUCGAGGGCAUCACCAUCCUGCUCUUCGCGUGGCUCCUGGUGCAGGUGCUGUUCAGCAAACACCUGGAAGUGCACCUGCAGGUCCUUCUGGGAGUGGGCCUGGCCGUCUUCUGCUUCUGCCUGAUUCUGGGCUGCGUUCUGUGCUGGCGGCGCGGGAAACCCCGCCCCCCCGAGGACAAAGAGGCGGCGAUGUCACUUCCUCCCCUGCCCGCCGAUCACGUGAACCUGGCCCUGAGCGGCUCCUCCCCCUUGGCCGUGACCGUCCCUGUCAAGCAGCAGUACGAGGAGCUGGAGGGGGACGUGCUCGAGUACCCCUCCCCCUACGGCUGCUCCUCCCCCUCCCCCUCCCCUCCCCCCUCCCCUUCUGAGGACGAUUUCGCCGCCCUGCCCAGCUCCCCGCGGCCCCGCGCCGCGUCCGAGCUCAACGAGCACCCGAAAUCCCACUUCCCCCUCCGCAGGCUCAGCACCCCCGCCGGCUCCUCCUACAAGCCGGCGGUCCACGGCCGGGCCUCCCUGCCCUCCCUGCCCAAGCUGGGCCUGGUGUCCAAGACGCGGCGGGCGCUGGAGCGGCGCUGCACGGUCACGGGCGACAGCUUCCUGGACGGCGAGCGCAGCCGGCUCCAGCCGAGCCCCGCCCCCGAGGGCUCGCCCUCCGCGCUCCGGUACGGCUCCGGCUCCUGCCGCAAGCCGCCGCUCCGCCUCCACUUCACCCUGCUCUUCUCGCCGGCGCGCGGCACGCUCACCGUCGCCGUCCUCGGCCUGCUGGGGGCCUCCCGCCGGCUGGGCGGGGUCUUCGUGCGCGCCUCCCUGCCCCCGCUCUGCCCCGCCCCCCUGCAGUCCGCCGCCCGGAGGCGGAGCCUCAGCCCCGAGUUCCAGAGCCAGACCUUCGUGCUGCAGGUGGGCUCGGUGGAGCAGCUCCGCGGCUGCGCGCUGCAGCUGGCCGUCUUCGCCCGCGACUUCUCCGGCCUGCGGGAGGCGCCGCUGGGAGACCUGGAGCUGCCCUGCGGGGAAAUAGACUGGGAGCCUGACUACGCCAUUGCUUUCACCAAGGAGCUCAGGCCAGCCAAGUACAAGCUGAGAAAGAGCCUGAGCUCCGUGGAUGCGCUGAGUCGGAAGGAGCCCGUCUGCGUUCCCCGGGUCCUGGGCCAGCUCUUCGUCCUGCUGCAGUAUCAGACGCUGGCCCAUCGCAUCAAGGUCAUGGUCCGCAAGGCCGAGAACCUGGCCAAGCUCACCAGAAUGCCCGGGGCACCAGACCACUAUGUGGUGAUAAACCUGCGUAAGAAGGGCGUAGUGAUUGGCACCAAGGAGACGAAGGGAGCCGGCGGGUACAAUGCCGUGUGGAACGCCCCUUUCUUGUUUGACCUACCACCUGGGGAUGUCAAUCAACUGCCCCUUGUCUUGGAGUUCAUUGUCAUGCAGGGGCGGAUUUACAAGAAGGGCAGCGUUCUGGGCCGCGUCCUGAUUGGCCGUGAGGCUCCAGAGACAGGGCAGACACACUGGAAGGACAUGUGCAGCCGGGGGCAGGUGGAGACAGCCCGCUGGCACGCCAUCCAGCCCGACUCACCUUAGAGCAGAAGGGAUAUCCUUGGACCCAUAGCUCCACCCACCAGAUUCAAUACCCCUCCCCCUACUCUUAAUAAUCUCUCCUUUCCCACAUAGGGAACCCUGAGCCAAAAGGGCGGGGGCUGGGGCAGGGCCGUGGAGAGGGCAAGGGGGCUGUGUCCUCUCCCACAGCGGGCCUGACCCCCCUAAAGCCAGACCCAGCCCUGAAGGUCCUGCCCGGUGAUCUCACAUCUAGAGACCUGCUGGCACGCAGAGGCCUGACAGUGUGCCAGGAAGCCAGGGGUACUCAGGUGAGGGACGCUGGUUGGAGGCAUGGGUGAUGCUCCGUAUCACACAGACCCACAGUGGUGUCUGCACUGUUGUGUCAUUGGGAGUCAGACAGAGCCAACUCUUCAGUCCAACUGUUGCAGCCCCAUUAUGUGUUUCACAUAGUGUACAUGAGUACAUACUUUUUAGGCAUGCUCUACAAACACACACACACACACACACACACCUUUGGAGACAGUUUUCCUUCCACCAAGGAAGGAAAACAAUAUCCUCCAAGAGAAAGAAUAGUUCCUGGGGGUCUGUUCCCUUCUCGUGGGCUGCAGUGUUAUCCAAACAAUCUGUUGACAGUCAUAGUCUUUAUAACUUUGUGAAGUAGAGUUUUUAGGUUGUGUUUUAUUGAGGUUCUCUAGCACUCAAGUGAUUUUAAAGAUUUGCACUUUAUUUUUCCCCCAAACAAUUGAAUUGUUCAUAAACAAUCAUCUUCAUAUCUCAUCUUCCAUCAUACUCUCCUUAUGGAGUCACAUCCUAAAACCCACAGGGUUGUCUAUCACAGUGGCAUGCAAAAAUUUUGGCACCCCUACUAAAAUUUGAAUGUUUUGAAAAGAAGUUAACACAACCUCUGCAUGGAGCGAACCUUAACAUGACAUUUCUGUAAAUUGUAACGCACAAUUAAUUUUAAUCUGCUGAAUUCAACAGACAAAAUGAAAUGCUAAAUGUGGCAUAUGCAGAAAUUUGGCCACCUUGUCAGUCAGUUCUUUGUCAUGUCUGCUU